CAUUUUUAGAACUUUACCUAUCAGAAUUAUUUCAGCCAACUCAAUACACUAAUUUAGAAUAAAACUGCAAUUUCUUAUUUUCUUUUUUAAUUUUGAUGUUAAGAAAAGUAAUUCACUCGGAAUUUCAAUACAUCUCAAUGAUCGUAAUUUUCUUUUUUAACAAAAAAUACGUGAUAAGUAGCAUUCUUAAUAUGAUAAUACAAAACCUAAUUUUGAUUAGAAACUGAAAAGUUUAUUUCUAUGUAGUUUGACUAUAAAUCCUAAUCCUAUUUACACAUGAACUGAUAAACUAAAAAAUGUCAAAUCCUAUUCCUACACAACUUUAACUUAUUCUCCUAUUUAUUCACUUUUUUACUCCUCUAAUUCCAACAAUCUUAUUUAGCUUUGGCCUCUCACUGCCGGUCAUGUCACUUCAAUGCUUCACUUGGAUUUCACAACUUUUGGGUCCACUAGUUCAUAAUUUAAGACAUACAGAUGAAGGUCCUGAGGAAAUUCUUAAACGUUUGCCUGAUUGUCUCAUCAUUGAUAUCCUUAGUAGGCUGCCAGCAGAUUACCUUCUUAGAUGUCAAAGGGAUUGCAGGGUGUGGAAGGCAUUGAUCUCAUCGCAGUAUUUCUCCACCUUACAUCUCAGAAGAGCUAGACCUGAACUAAUUAUACAGAGUGGUCGAUUUUAUACCGGUCAUGAGCAGAACCUUCUUGUCUUUGAUGAAAGCCUUAGUAAGGAGAAGAUGUUCAGGAAAGUAUUUCUCAAACUUGAGCUUAUGAUCAACAAGGUCAAUAAACACCCCCCUCGUCUUCGAUACUCUUGUGAAGGAGUUCUUCUGUUCAUGGAUUUACGUUCGCGCCCUACUCAUUUUAUUAUUAACCCAAUAACACAAGAGGAAGUAACUAUACGACAUAAAUUUGACCCGGGCUACUUGUGUGCUUUUUAUUAUUGUUCAUUAACAAGAGAAUUCAAAUUUCUUUAUGCACGAAAAGAAGGAUCUCGGUGUCAGUAUUUGAUAUACACUGUCAGGACACAGACAUGGAGGAAAAUUCAUUCUCCCACUUCGAACUCUAUGCCGAAUAUCUCUCCUGCAAUUGUCAAUGGAGCAGUGCAUUUGCUCGUGGGCAAAGAUUUAGAGAAACCAGAUACUCCUAGCUGUGCCAAAGGAAUCAUGGUGCUUAAAAUGGACAAGGAAGAGCUCUCCGCUAUGCCUCAUCCCGGAAGUGUAUGUAGCUCAUGGAGAACACAUCAAACAAUGUCUCUCUUAGUGAAGGAUGAGUCUUUGUGUCUCUGCCAAUUGUUUAUCGUUGAGAGUGCAAUGGAUAUAUGGAUCUUGGAGGACUAUGAAGCAUGGGUAUGGACCAAAAGGUGCAAGGUUAAUCUUGUAUUUAAUAACAAAGGUAUCAGUCUCAGUAUGCCUUUUCUUAACCUUAGUUAUUGGCAAGUGGUUAUGUACAUAUCUUUGCAAAUACAGCCUUUGCACUUCCAGGACGGUGAACUGUUACUUUAUUGGCAUGACAGAGGGUUAUUUAUGUAUAAUCUGGAUCAUAAUACUUUGAGGAAUAUCAAAUGUCCACAAGCGUCAAAGGCAUAUACUUGUAAGCCUUAUAAAAAGAGCCUCUUGACCAUAGCCUAGCUUUUUUCAGCAAGUGUAAUCUUGUUGUUUUACCUUUCUAAUUUUGGUACUUUUAUGAAAUGGUAUUGUUUAGUUGAGUUGGUAGUGUUUUGAAAUAAAUUAUUUAAG